UUUUUUUCAUCCGAUGCAUCUUACUGUUAUCCAGUUUUUCGUGUAGUCGUGUGCUUCUUCACCUGCGGCAGAAGUGAAUCCGCAUAAUUAGCCUGCGAUUCGGUCUUGCAACUCUUGUCUUUGCUCUUAUUAUCUUUCUAAUCUUUCUACUCCCUCCUCUCGUCAAUCCACCCUUCAAAACACUAUAUCUCAACUCAUGUUCACUGAGGAACAGGUCAACGAUGCGAUCGCGGAGAUAAGGAAGCCCGAUCUAGUCUCCUGGGACCUCUUGUCCGAAACCAAGCACUUCAAGGUCUAUCGCCGAUCCGUACCCAACAGCACUCUCAAAGAAUACAAGGUCCUGGGCAGUUACCCUGGUCUCCCACCUCACUAUCUUCUCCGGACUUAUACGGAUCUGGACUUCCGCAAGACCUGGGAUCCAAAUAUGAUUGGGUGGAAGGCCCUCAAAAACGGUCGUCUACACUUUGUGGCAAAAUUUCCCUGGCCACUGUAUCCACGCGACUAUGUGUAUGAAUUACGCGCGCAGGAGUUUGAGGAUGGGAUCGUGUGUGUGAGCAGUAAGAGUGUUCAGGAUGAAUCGGCACCAGAAAAUUUAGGCAUUGUGCGCGUGGAUGAGUUUCGACAAGACAUAGUGAUCCAGCCAACUGAGGACGGUAAAGGAUGUAACAUCUGGUUUGGAUACUAUGAUAACCCGAAGGGCAACAUUCCUUCGGGCGCUAUCAAUUGGGCGGCCAAGUCUGGCAUUCCGGCAUUCCUGAACUCUCUGAGGGACGCUGGCCAUGGUUUGAUGAAGAUGGAUAUUGAAGGUGGCCUUGAGGAGAAGGCGCAGCCGUUGCAGUCGUCUGAGGAGACAUAUGUAUCCGUCAAUUGCUGAGGCGGCACGAGGACAAGCGAAUACAAAAAAACGAAGCAGGGAUAAGAGGACCAGUAGUGGAAUUGGACUGGAUAGGGUGAUAGGAUACAGCAGCGAGAGAUAAUAAAAUGGGUCGAUCGGCACCUACAGGCUCAGCAAACAGUUUGGGUGCGACACACCCUACCAGCUGAGAACGGACACGUCCCUGUGGAUGAGGAUCGUAGAUGGUGGCUUAG